UAGUAAUAGUAUCUGCUUCAUUUGAGGCCUGCAUCACACCACCCUGUUGUUGAUUGGAUUUAUUUCCUAUAACGCUAUGUGGUUUUAUUGCUUACAUAAUUAUCUUUCCUAAUUCCUAAGGCGACGACGUAGUAAACAUGGAGGUCUUUGUUGUGUCGCCGUUUUCAAGGUUUAUUCACGGUACCGUUCCACACGAGUCGACUGUCAACGACCUGAUAGGACUGUUUAACCCCGGAGAGGGCAUCUCGUGUGUGGACUUCUACGUGAAGAACAAUGGCCGAAUAUCAGCUGGUGAUGAGAGACUGCAAGCUGGAGCGGUUUAUCGCCUCGAGCCUCGCUUAUGUGGCGGCAAAGGAGGUUUCGGCUCCAUGCUGCGAGCUCUCGGGGCGCAGAUCGAGAAAACCACUAACCGAGAGGCCUGCAGAGAUCUGAGUGGGCGCAGACUCCGAGAUGUCAAUCACGAAAAAGAAAUGGCGGAGUGGCUGAAAAAGCAGGCCGACCGUGACGCGGAGAAGGAACAACGGCGCUUGGAGCGGAUUCAGAGGAAACUGGCCGAGCCCAGACACCGUUUCACGGACACGGAGUACGAGCGGCAGUGUCACAAUCUCUCCGAGAGGCUGGAGGACUCUGUGCUUAAAGGCAUGCAGGCUUCAUCCAGCGGCGUGGUACGGGCAGAAGAAAAGCCACUACGUAAACGCCCAGCUACCAAAAACGGAAACACGUCUUCAAAGAAGAAAUGCUUCUGGACCAACCUCGAGGACCUUGAGGACGUGGACAGUUCGGAAGGUGAGAGCGAUGAGAGUGAAGCUGAAGCUUCUUCCUCGUCCUCGUCUUCUGGCGCUGGCCCUUCCUGCAGCUCUCGGCAAGCAGCAGUACCGACAACGACAACUAGGGAGCAGGAGAAAGCAGAGUCUCAGGACCGACCCAGCAGCAGCAGUUCCAGCGCCGGCUCAGCGCCCUGCUCCCCGUCUCCCAGCCAGGAGAAAGCAGAGUCUCAGGACCGACCCAGCAGCAGCAGUUCCAACACCGGCUCAGCGCCCUGCUCCCCGUCUCCCAGCCAGGAGAAAGCAGAGUCUCAGGACCGACCCAGCAGCAGCAGUUCCAACACCGGCUCAGCGCCCUGCUCCCCGUCUCCUAGCCAGGAGAAAGCAGAGUCUCAGGACCGACCCAGCAGCAGCAGUUCCAACACCGGCUCAGCGCCCCGCUCCCCGUCUCCCAGCCAGGAGAAAGCAGAAAAGAACGAAGAACCUGGACAGAUGGAGUGCAGUGAAAAAGAAGACAACACGCAGAACGUCAGCAAUCAACAGGAAUCUGAGAAGGACAGAACUGUGGAGACGAAAGAUUGCGCAGACACACAGCCAGUUUAUCCAGAGGAAGCGGACACUCCAUUAAACCUGCUGUCUGUGAGCGGGGUGGAGGAGCUGGAGGCUCUGGGUCUGGAGCGGCUGAAGGCCGAGCUGAUGAAUCGAGGGAUGAAGUGUGGAGGGACACUGCGAGAGCGUGCCGCUCGCCUAUACUCCGUCAGAGGACUGAGUGCUGAUCAGAUCGACCCGACGCUCUUAGCCAAACCCAGCAAGGGCAAAAAGAAAUAACCAGGACAUAUAGAAUAUUCAGGAUUUGUUUUGUUUAUUUAACUCUUUUUAUUCCCUUUUUUAUCUUGUUAUAUGUAAUUUCACUGCCAUCUCCUUGCUUGCUUUAAGGCAGAAUGGAAAGGAGGCUUUCUGUCUGUUAACGUAACUAGGUGCCUUUAUCCUGAUACAGUAAUGUAAGAAUAAACGUGAUAAUUUCAUACUAAAGAGAAUCAUUUUAACGUUUAAGGGAAAUAAUAUUGUAAUGGUUUUUGUUCAUUUUCUGCCGAUUGGGCUAUUAAACUAUGUACACUUGUGUGUAUUUUUGUUUAACUGUUACUUGUAAUACUGUAAAUAAAGCUUGGAAAAAUUACAGCAGGUAGAUUUUUCUCUUCUCAAAUGUC